UAUGUUGAGAAAAUCAUGUCGGACACAGAGGACGGAGGUUUUGACGGAGCGUCCUUCUUCUCUCUGCAGAGCCCAGGAUCAACGUCACCCACCAGGAAACAGAACAAGGAGACCACGUUCACGAUUAACUGUGUGACGUUCCCAUUGCCUGCAUUCAUGCCCGAACAACAGCUGCUGAAACCAAACGAGUGGAGCUACUGUGACUACUUCUGGACUGACAGGAAGGAUCCCCAAGGCAACGGUUGCAUCACAGGAUUCGAGGUUCUGCUGCAGAAACAGCUGAAGGGGAAACAGAUGCAGAAAGAGAUGGCAGAGUUCGUACGAGAAAGGAUAAAGAUAGAAGAGGAGUACGCCAAGAAUCUCUCCAAGCUCUCCCAGAUCCCUCUCGCAGGCCAGGAGGAAGGGACUCUGGGGGAGGCCUGGGCCCAGCUGAAGAAGAGCCUCACAGACGAAGCUGAAGUUCACCUAAAGUUCUCCUCAAAGCUCCAGAGUGAAGUGGAGAAGCCUCUGCUGAGCUUCAGGGAGAACUUCAAGAAGGACAUGAAGAGGUUCGACCACCACAUCGCAGACCUCCGGAAGCAGCUGGUCGGUCGCUACGCAGCCGUGGAGAAGGCCCGCAAAGCUCUGGCUGACAGACAGAAGGAGCUGGAGCUGAAGACUCAGCAGCUGGAGAUCAAACUCAGCAACAAGAUCGAAGAGGAUAUCAAAAAGGCCCGCAGGAAAUCCACACAAGCAGGAGAUGAUCUGAUGCGCUGUGUCGACCUUUACAACCAGUCUCAGUCCAAAUGGUUUGAGGAGAUGGUCACUACGAGCCUGGAGCUGGAGCGGCUGGAGGUGGAGCGGGUGGAGAUGAUCCGACAGCAUCUGUGUCAGUACACCACGCUCCGACACGAGACAGACAUGUUCAACCAAAGUACGAUGGAGCCGGUGGACCAGCUCCUGCAGUGCGUGGACCCAGCCAGGGACAGAGAGCUGUGGGUGCGGGAGAAUAAGACUGGAGAAAUCAGGCCAGUGGACAUAGAGAUCUGAUCUCAGUGCAGUCUGAUGACUCUGCACAUGCACACUUUUACCCAAGAGCCCAGGCGGACACACUGACCCAGAGCCUGCAGGCCUGAGGACUGACUGGGAGAGGAAAUCUGUGCUGGGAUCAGUCUCCCUCUCCACUGACCGUGUGACUCCUAACGGACUGAGGGAUGAGCUGCCCUCGCAGCCACCUGCUGAGGAUGACGUCAGUGUUUGGGCGAUGUAGUGAGAACUCUAAGGGAUGAAUGAAGCUGUCUAAUGGGUCGUAAUUUUCUCUUAUGUAAGCCGAUGCCUCGCUAAAACACAGGGAAAUGGGAGCUGUGAGAGUGGAUUCUUUAGGACGCUCCGCUGGGUUGAAUGAUGAAGCAACAGUGAACAUUUAACAUGUGCAUACAGCUUUAUGUCACGCAGCAGUGUAAUGCUGUCAUGUGUAUUUGCUUUUGUUCUGCGAGGUCAUUCUCCAGGUCACCUGUGUAUUGACGCACGUGUGUGACUUCUGGACUGCAAAGUUGUUGGUAAACAUGAUUUUACGAAUGCUGCUAAGCCUAAUGUUAUAUUCGUUUGCACCAGAAUGAGGCAAAAGUAUUUUUAUCAUAACAUCAAUCAUAUGCAAGUAUUGACCAUUCGCUAAAACCCACAACUCUUACCUACUGUUGCUACGCCUGUCGAGCCUGUCUCAUAUGCAGUUUAAAAAAGAUGAUGGUGUCAGAUCUGCCACUCGAACAUUAGAAGUCAUUUUUGAAAUAAUACGUUUUUGAUUUCAGACCCACUGGCAGAUUUUAUUGGCUAUAAUUAGCUUAAAUAAAGAAACAGCAUCGUUUGUGUAGUGGUAGGUCGAGUAUUAUACAGCAUUUGAGUUAAUAAUUAAAUGUGAUUUAAAUUCCAUUCAUCUUAAUUCCAAUCAUGUUGUUUUGAACAUAUAGAAAAAAUAUUGCUUGUGAACUUGAUGGUGAUAUUACUUGGGAAUGUAUCUUCAGAUGAUUAACUUUGGAGCUGAUCGUUCGAGGGUCAAGAUAAAUAAAAUAAAAUUCUCCUAACAAAUCUCCACAAAAUAAUCGAGCUAGAGAUACAAUGGACAGAUAAUAUUGUUAAGAUGUGACUUCAUAAAGAUACAACACAAAUUUUCUGAAAUAAAAUCAAGAGCGGGACAGAGCUUCCAACUCUAGCGCUGCAUUCAGACGUGCACUGCACUCCUGACAUUCUCUACAUUAUUAUCCAGAGGGGCUGUAUGUGAGGUCUGAGCCAGUUGCUGCAGAUGUAAUCUGGAGUUGCUCCAGCCAGCCCCUGAGUACAAACUCUGGAUAACGUCAGAGUGAGCCCAUAUGAGAGAACAGCAGAAAAUACAUUGGCGUCUUGACUCCCCCCAGUGGAUGUUUAUAUAUAGGAUUUUUCCAACAUGUGCUGUAAUCCUAAUAUUGGGUUUAUAGCAGACCUCUUACCACUGGGCACAAAGCUUAGUUAGUACUGUGGGUCAUAGUCAUGCUAAAUUAAACCAGACAAGUGCUUUGUUUAGGCUAUUCCAUUUACAUCCUUCUGUUAUAGAUUUAGCAAAAUUAGCUAUUAAGACACAAACCUAGAUCAGAGCCCCAUGCAAGUUCAAAGCUUGACAGGCCUGCUGCACCAGGGACUAGUGAAAAGUCACUUUCUUUAAGCUAAUGUCACAAAUGUGGCUCCACUUCUUAGCAUCUGAAAGAUAAAUCCAAAAUCUGAAAGACCUGGAGCAAGAACUCUGUUUCUCUCACUUCAUUCCUAAUAAUUAAGAAUCAGCCAAUUGCACUUUAUACCCAAGUGAUUUUGAAUAAACAUACUGUAAGUUGCUGUUUGUAUGAAAAAUAUUAAUUGUGACACAUUUUAUUACUAAUGGAAGUGUUUGGGUUAUGUUCAGGGUGGCCUGGUGUAAAUAUAUGAGAUGUGUGAUUUGCUAAGGAGCAGGUGGAGUGAAAGAUAUAAAUACAAUAAACUAUAGAAGCUUACACAAAGA